GAAUUUAGGUUGCCCGAGGCAAAAUCUUGGCUCCGCCCCUGAUGAUACGGGAGUGAGUUUUUUUAUUGAUCCUGAGACUUAUAGCUGGAAUGUCGAAGCACUUCGUCACCAUCAUCAAAAGAUCUUCUAUGGUGGCAUUAUACGAAUUCUGAUCAUUUCUCG